AUGCGUGUUUGUGAGGCCACCAGCUGUCUGUCUGUGUUUGGCGGUGACGGACACAGGGAGGGAUUGACAUGUGUUUCCAUGGCAAUGAGCGGCUGCAGCCCCUUUCCCGUGUGUUGGGGCCGAGAAUAUGACAGACACUUAGCGGCGGCGGUGUCAGCAGGGAAAACCAUGGCGACGCCCUACAUGGAUCCCAACCUCAAUCACGCCAUGCUAGACGGCAGCGCCAAGUCGCGACUCAGUGCCGGGGCGUCGGACCGUAUCGUCGGCGGGUCCGUGGACAGGGUCCUGAAGGUUUUCCACCACUUUGAGAUCAACACGGAACUUAGCAGCUGGUCCUCCAACAUCCGAUAUGGAGAUGCCACCGAUGUCCGGGGAAUCAUCCAGAAGAUCCUCGACAUACACAAGGUGCGCUGGACGUCAUGUUUCGGCCUGCGUCUUAGCAGCAGCGGCCAACCAAGAGACCAAGUGCACUGGCUUCAUCCCGACAUGGGCGUGUCGCAUGUCCGCGAGAAAUACGAACAAGCGCACCCCAACGAGGAGUGGAGGUAUGAACUAAGAAUUCGAUACCUCCCGAAAGGCUUCAUGCAGCAGUUUACAGAAGACAAACCUACACUCAGUUACUUUUACCACCAGGUGAAAAAUGACUAUAUGGCACAGAACGGGGAUCAAGUGGAGCAAGAUGUCGCCCUGAAACUGGGAUGCCUGGAGAUAAGGAGGUUCUUUAAAGAGAUGAGGGGAAAUGCCUUGGACAAGAAGUCCAACUAUGAGCUACUAGAGAAGGAUGUCGGGCUGAGGCGCUUUUUCCCCAAAGACCUGCUGGAUUCAGUCAAGGCCAAGACGCUUCGUAAAUUAAUCCAGCAGACCUUCAAGCAGGUGGCCAACCUCAAUGACGAGCAGUGCAUUCUCAAGUUCCUUGAGAUUCUGGCACCCAUUCACCGCUACGACAAGGAAUGCUUCAAAUGCGCUCUGGGGUCAAGUUGGGUCAUCCAGGUGGAGCUUGCGAUUGGGCCUGAGGAAGGCAUCAGCUACCUGACAGACAAGGGGUCUGCGCCCACCCAUCUGGCUAACUUCACACAAAUACAGUCCAUCCAGUACUCAGCAGUUGAGGAAAAGGACAAGAAAGCAACGUUGCAAGUCAAUGUCGCAGGAGCUGCCGAGCCUCUUACUGUCACGACAGCUUCCCUAACCAUGGCUGAGAACUUGGCCGACCUAAUCGAUGGCUACUGUCGGCUCAUCUCCAUGGAAACGCGAUCCUUUAUCGUCAGAGUUCAGAAAGAGGGCGAGAGAGCACUUCCAUCUCUUCCAAAGUUGUCUAAUAAUGAGAAGAGAUUGGAAGCGGUCAAGAGUGGAGUGAGAACAAUCUCCGUCUCCGAAGAUCUUAGCGGGGAUGAGACCGAUGACUACGCCGAAAUAGUUGACGAAGAGGACACGUACACCAUGCCCUCCAUGACCUAUGGAAUAGUGGAAGCGCGGGACUACGAGAUCCAGAGGGACAGGAUUGAGCUCGGUCGCUGCAUAGGAGAGGGUCAGUUUGGAGAUGUGCACCAAGGAGUCUACAACAUCCCGGACAAGCAAGCUUUGGCUGUCGCCAUUAAGACGUGCAAGAACUGCACGUCAGACAGCGUCCGGGAAAAGUUCCUGCAAGAAGCAUUGACCAUGCGGCAGUUUGACCACCCUCACAUCGUCAAGCUGAUCGGUGUCAUCACAGAGAAUCCAGUGUGGAUCAUUAUGGAGUUGUGCACGCUAGGAGAGCUCCGUUCCUUCCUCCAGGUGAGGAAGUACAGCCUGGACUUGGCCACGCUCAUCCUGUUCGCAUACCAACUAAGCAUGGCGCUGGCGUAUCUGGAGAGCAAGCGAUUCGUGCACAGGGACAUCGCAGCACGUAACGUGUUGGUGUCUUCUAUCGACUGCGUGAUGCUGGGGGACUUCGGUUUGUCCCGCUACAUGGAGGACAGCUCUUACUACAAAGCCUCUAAAGGCAAACUUCCUAUCAAGUGGAUGGCACCAGAGUCGAUCAACUUCAGAAGAUUCACCUCCGCUAGUGAUGUCUGGAUGUUUGGCGUGUGCAUGUGGGAGAUCCUGAUGUACGGCAUCAAGCCCUUUCAAGGUGUGAAGAACAAUGAUGUGAUCGGUCGCAUAGAGAACGGCGAACGGCUGGCUAUGCCGCCGCAGUGCCCACCAACACUUUACAGCCUAAUGACCAAGUGCUGGUCGUACGACCCCAGCAAGCGGCCGCGGUUCACUGAACUCAAAACGCAGCUCAGCACCAUACUGGAGGAAGAGAAGCUCCAGCAAGAGGAAAGACUGCGGAUGGAGAUGAGAAGACAGGUCACAGUGUCGUGGGAUUCUGGAGGUUCUGAUGAGGCGCCGCCAAAACCGAGUCGACCAGGUUACCCCAGCCCUCGUUCCAGUGACGGCUACUUCUCUAGUCCGCAACAUAACCACUACCAGCCUACAGCGCAUGGCGGCUUCCCUACGACUGACUCCUGGAACCAGCACAGGCCGGAACAUACAGCAAUGUGGAGCUCCAACAUGGAGGACCCGGGAUGUACGGGCCAGGCUCUCAUGGAGGAGAGGCUGAUGAUGCAGCAACAGCAGAUGGAAGACGACCAGCGCUGGUUGGAGCAGGAGGAGAUCUUCAUGAAGACCGAGCCCAGAAACAGCCGAGGGAGCAUCGAAAGAGAAGACGGGACUCUCCAAGCGCCGGGUGGAAGCCAGCACAUAUAUCAGCCUGUGGGCAAACCAGAACACGUGGCUCCACCAAAGAAGCCCCCCCGCCCUGGCGCCCCCAUUCACCCUGGCCCCGUGGACAGCUACAACGAAGGUGUUAAGCCUUGGAGGUUACAGCCCCAGGAGAUUAGCCCGCCCCCCACAGCCAACUUGGACCGCUCCAACGACAAAGUGUACGAAAACGUGACGGCGCUGGUGAAAUCCGUCAUCGAGAUGUCAAACCGGAUCCAGCCGGCGGCGCCUGAGGAGUACGUGCCCAUGGUUAAGGAAGUGGGUUUGGCGCUUAGGACUUUGCUGGCCACAGUGGAUGAGACCAUCCCGGUGCUUCCCGCCAGCACCCACAGAGAGAUCGAGAUGGCGCAAAAACUUCUCAAUUCUGAUUUGGCCGAGCUAAUCGCCAAGAUGAAGCUGGCGCAGCAGUAUGUCAUGACCAGUUUGCAGAAGGACUACAAAAAGCAGAUGCUCAUGGCGGCGCACGCCCUGGCCGUGGACGCCAAGAACCUGCUGGAUGUCAUCGACCAGGCUCGCCUCAAGAUGAUCACGCGGCCGCCUUAG